CCCAUAGGCUUCUGGCUCUUUCUUUUUUUCUUCUAUCCACAAACAAUAAACCCAACUAAGUCGCAUAAGCUUGUUAAGUUUAUUGCAUUUUUGGCUUCUGCGAAGAUAACUAGAAUGAGGAACCAGGAUGAUGUUGUGAACAGUAUUAGGGCGAUGCUGGAGAAGGCAGAGGCACCCGUAACUGAUGAGUGUUGCAUCUACAGAGUCCCCUUUGAUAUCCGCAAGCUCAACGAAGAUGCCUACACCCCCAAGGUCGUUUCCAUAGGCCCUUUUCACCACAAAGGCAAUCCUCGCCUUCAAAACAUGGAGAAACACAAACUCAUCUAUUGCAACGCAUUUCUUAAACGUUCCAACACAGGCUUGGAGACCUGGAUCCGCUACAUACAGGACGUAGAGCCCCGAUUCCGUAGCUGUUACUCAGACGCCCUUGAGUUCACCAAGGAGGAGCUGCUGAAAAUCAUCCUUGUGGAUUCUGGUUUUAUAUUUGAGCUUUUUUGGUUGACCUAUUAUGAAGAAAACUCAGGGAACAAUGGAUCGAUUCUUUUAAAACCCUGGUUGACUACUAAUGUAAGAUUGGAUCUGUUGUUGCUUGAGAACCAACUUCCUUUUUUUGUUCUCGACCAUCUUUUCGGUCUCUCGAUGCAGUCUUACACCUCUACAUCUGGCCGCGGCGGUAAAAAGAAUAUCCCUCCAUUUAUUGCUUUUACAUUUGACUAUUUUUCCUUUUACAAUAGAUCCGAAUUGAACUUCCAUGGUGUUAUGAUAAAACACUUCACGGAUCUCUUAAGAACUUUUCACCUGCAACAUCCUCAGCAAAAUCGCAUCGAGAAGACAGUUGUACAUCUUCCCAGUGCUGCUGAGUUGUCGGAAGCAGGGGUGAGGUUUAAGGCUAACACCACAAGCAAAUGCUGCUUGCUGGACUUGAAAUUUUCAGGAGGUGUUCUUGAAAUCCCGCAGUUGAAAGUGCAAGAUUGGACUGAACUUAUAUUUCGCAAUAUGGUGGCUUUGGAGCAGUGUCAUUAUCCCUACCAUUCCUUUGUUACAGACUAUGUUGCUGUUUUGGACUUCCUUGUAAAUACCAGUAGAGAUGUGGAUGUACUUGUUCGAAAGGGAGUACUCGUUAACUGGCUAGGGGAUAGCGAUUCUGUGGCUGACAUGUUUAAUGGUCUUUGGAAAAAUGUUACACAUAUAAAUUUCAGUUCCCAUUACUCUGAACUCUGCCAAAAGUUGAAUGCUUUUUGUAGAAACCCUUGCCAUAAAUUGAAGUCCACUCUUAGGCGAGAUUAUUGUAAGACUCCUUGGCAAAUUGCUGUUUCCAUUGCUGGAAUUGUUCUCCUUGUUCUCUCUUUGGUUCAAUCAGUUUGUUCUGUCUUGCAAGUAAUACAACAAUAGAGUAUAUGCCUCCCCUCAGCCCGAAAGGCCAGGUGCUGUAACAUAUUAAUUUACUCCUUCCCAAAAUUACUCAUCACGACGGGAUGAUGAUGGGUAUGCAUGAAGUCCCCUCCUUCCUUAUUCCUCCUUUGUUUUUUUUUUUUUUUUUCAAUUUUAUGUUCGCUAGCUCUUCUUUAUUGCACAAUUAUUAGGAACUCAACUGUCCUUUUUUGUUUUUGUUUGGUUUGCUUUGUUGUAGCCAAUUAUUAUCACUGUCUUUGUUUUAUAUAUUAUAUAUUUAGAUUUCUUUUGUUUUUGUUUCUU